CCUCAAUCUAUCCACCCCUCUUGUCAUUGUACUCAGGUACACGACAAUUAGUAUUAGAUUCGUUUCGAUCCAUGGAGUAUUUUGCGUAUCUAGUUAGGGAGAAAGCUGAAGCCUAUCUCUAUUUCCUUGAUGUCAAGAGAAGGUAUAAUGAGCUACUUAACGAUGAACCUUCACCAUGUCGAAAUUAUCAUCUUUCGCAAUUAGAGUCUCUAAUAUCCUUCGCCAAGCUUAGGUGGGAAUCAAUUUAAUUACCACCAUCAGCGAUUAAGGAGUUACAGUCAACCUAUGGGGUUAACGAAUCUCAACAGAUUCAAGAAGAAAUUCACUCUGAAGAACAAACAGCGGAAGAAUCUGUGGGUCUAGAAGAAACAAUGAUUGAAGAGUUUAUUGUGGCUGAAGAAUUGAUCGUUGAUUCUUUUGAUUCCACUGAUGAGUUGAUUCCAUCGUUCUUCUUUGAUGACAAAGAAGAUCCAACCACUGACGAAGAAGAAUAUUGGAUUCCUUCGUUUUUUUUUCGAUGAAGACAUAGAGGAUUCAAUAGUCGAAUCAAUUCUAACCAAGGUUGUGCACGUUGCAGGGAAUGAGUUCAAUAGGAAGAAUCAGAUCUUGAGUUCUCCUAAUCCAGUAAUUGGUGAGUGUUUUCCCAUUAUUCUCAAUUCUUCUCAUAUCAUAUUUGAUCCAGGAAAUAUUUCAAACUCAUUAAAAGGUUUUGUUACUUAGCUGGUGUUUCUGAAUUCGGUUUUGAUUCAAUUACUUCUUGUUCUUUUACAUUAUAUGUUUACUCAAUUUUAAUGGAUGAAUUUGAUAUAAAUUUUGUAUAUGAGCUGAAUUCCAAGAAUGGGUACUGGUCAUAUUCAUGGUUUAGAGUUCAAUUUGCUUGUAUGUUGGAUAAUGGUAGUGUUUCUAGUACCACCUGGCAGAUGUUUGUUCAAAUGCUCCUCCUGGAUAUUGUAUGUUUUGAGCACAAUUUUUUUUUCAACCAAUUGCCUACUGGGUUAUUUUCUUGCCGUUGUUUCAAGUCAGCUGAUAUAGUAUUUGAUCGUGGCAAGUAUUUCAGAAAAUUGAUUCUUAGACUUGGGUUUAUAUCCGAUUAUGGAUAUUCGGUACUUCCCCUGCGUGUUCAUGAUGUUGUACUUCAUGUUGAUGUGGGACUACUUGUUAAAAGGCCUGAGAGUGCAGUUUGUAAUUUAUGGGGUGUUAGAAUUGAUUUCCUUUUGCAGCUCAAAAUGGGUGAAGUAUUUGACCGUGGAAAAAUAAUUGAACUCAUUAUGGGGUACUCAUAUCUUGCUGGUAAAUAUAGAUUAUGUAAUAUGGUUGCUUCUCAUUCGUUUAUAUCCCUUGUGUGUUUCCAUUCAAUAGCUGGAUACCACUAAAUGUUUAUUCAUGAGUUAGCUCUUGACAAUGGGUAUCAAGUAGACUUGGAGUUUACAAAGUUUAUGGUGUUUUUGUUUCUUAAGAAGGGUGACAAUUGUGAUGGCAGUCAGCUGUUUGUGAAUAGAGGUAAUAUAGCUCGAUAUGUAUUGAUGCUUCUGCGAAUGUAAUUGGGUGUAAUUCAGAUUGCUUAUCAGUGGGUUGAUCAACUGACUGGGAGAACUGGAGUUUUUUUUUUACUCUUGUUUGCCAGAGUGGGUGCUAUUGGGCAGGCUGGUCAGUGGGGGGUUCAAAUGCUUAAUAUGUGGGAAGAAGCCUCUGUUCUUUUCCAGCUGCAGUUAAUUUGGGUCCCUUGCCAUCAAAUCUUUAGCACCAAUUGUAUAGCAGCCAAAGUAAUAUCUUCACAACUGAUGCAUUCUCUAGGUGCAGCUGAUGCUUUUGUCGGAUUUUGUGGUUCUCCUCCUAAAAUAAUUCUCAUCCUUAUUAGAAGUUGUUUUGAACAGUGGGGGUGUUAUUGUUUCUUACAGAACAUAUUAGGUAACUGGUAUGAAGUUAACUGGCAUGAUAGUGUUACACCGCAGGGACUACUUAUGGGAGCUUCUACCUUAGCUAAUACAGUGUCUACAGCGAGUUAUCAUGUGGUAGUUCUCAUCAAGUCUACUCACUGGACAUAUGACAGAGGCAUGUUGUUCGCUAGUCAAGAGAAAAAAUCCGCAAAUCUACUUCCACUCAAUGCUUCAACCGUGUACGCUCAUAGGUUCUAUCAAGUGCAUUUUCAUGCUGCAGUUCAUCCAUUGUCACAACGUUGGCCUGGUGAUGGUAACCUCGUGGAGUUUGUUGCGGAAGUUGAACUAAUUCUUACUAUAAUGUUACAGUACCUUGUGAUGAUCCUUUAUAUUGUGUGUUGAUGAGUAUUCAUGGGAAUAGUCGAAAUUCAAAUCGAUCUACACCAAGUUCCCUUGUCACUGGAAUUUACAUCUUCACAUUCCUCCCGGUAUUCAAAAAUGUAGUGAUGAGAUAUGUUGAGUUUCUCGAACAGUUGACGGUUACAACACAGCUUGCAGUCAAGAGUUACAUUCGCAGUCAACAUAUGAGAGGUGGAGUAAUAAUAGUAGAGAACUUAUCUUACUUUUUUAUAUCUGAAGCCAAAGCUGUUCACAACUAUGCUGGAGCUCAGGAAACUUCCACCAGGGGUAGACAACACCGUACAAGUUCAGAGUGGAGCCUAUGCAAAUUGCAGCAGUGAUGAGUCUCAUUGCUCAUGCCGCUUCUGUUAGUGUUUCCCAAGCUACGAAUUUUGAUGAUUAUGCACAUGCUUACCCACAUAUGGAUAUCAUGAUGUACUCGAUAUGAUGAGAAGAGGUGUUGGCAGCUUAGUUCUCAUCCUUGGGGACAAGGAUGUUUUCAAGGAGUGGGGAAUGUCAUGUACCCGAUAUGAUGAGAAGAGGUGCCCCUUAUCCCACUCAAUGUUUGUAUUUAGUAGUAGGCUUAUUAGUAGUAAAUAACUUAUUAACGGGUGUCUUUAUCAUUCGUGAAGAGUGGUUUAGAUAUAACCAUCUGGUGGUAUUGUAGACGUUGGAUCUGUUGAGUAGAUUCGAGCUUUAUAAGCUCAAGUUCUGUAAUAGUUAGGGAAAGAAAUCAUUAAUCAAAUUAUAACUUUGUUCU